ACCAGCCCACCAACCAGGAUCACCAAACCACCAACCAGGAUCACCAAACCACCAUUCAGUAUCACCAAAUCACCAACCAGGACCGUCAUCCCUGCAACCAAAGUCAGGUGUGAAUCCACUUGAUCAUGCAUAUGCUGUACAUGUAUUUGAAGAUCUUCUUAAAAAAAAAGGGUUCAGAAUUCAAGUGGACAUGAAUGAUCUUUCUAUUUUUAGAGCCUCACUAACAUUGAAGGGUGAAGAUGGCGAUUGGUAUAUGCCCCAAUGGUUUGACCCACAUCCGGAGCAUCACUAUACGAAACAUCACGCUUUUAUAUUAACGUCAAAUUUGGACAGUUAUGUGACAGAAGACGAGUUCUCUCGUCCCUAUGUAUAUUCGGAUCAUGAUCCUAAGACUCACACUCCAGAUGUAGCUUUUGUAUUAGUGGACACUUGGUAUACAGCUAGAGCUUUCGAACCAUUUGAUAUAUAUAAAGAUGGAUUAACUCGAAAAACAAUGUCUAACAAAAUUUACAUAGCGAUACCAGAAACUUCAGAAAUUCGCGCUGCACAAUUGCAUGAUUUAAAAGGUGAUUAGCCAAGAGUAAUAUAUUAUUUUUUAUUUCUGGGAUAUGCUAAUCAAGUCGCAUGUGCGGACGCAUUUUAUUUAAAUUAGGUAUAGCCAUAUACUUGGGGCUUGCUAAUAAGAGGUUUCUCAAUAAG